ACCACAUCCAAAUAGUUUUUAAACACAUCCAGGGAUGGUGACUCAAGCACCUCCCUGGGGAGCCUAUUCCAGUGCAGUUACACCACAACAUCCAUGCUCUCCGCUCUACUUCUGGGCUGCCCCAGCUCACACUAAAGAUCAUCCUGCAGUUUUUCUUAAAGCUUUUGCUCUCAAUGCUUUCUUCUUCCCAUUAAGAAGAAAUUUUUAAUUUGUCCAAUCCUGAGGCAUCACCACCCUUCAUGUGCCACAAUAAUACCAGAGGUUAUCCCCUUGCCAUGAUGAGAAAGCUGUCUGCAGUCAAUUUUCAUCAAGUCAAAGGGCAGAGAAGUGUGUGGGGAAAGGGGAUGGCGGAGGAAUAUACAGGAUAAAAACUUCCAAAGAAAAAAACCUGAUUCCCAAAGCCUGAGGGUGUCUUCCCUAAUUCCUAGGGCUCUAAAGUCUUUUUUUCUUACUUAUAAUUGAGAAAAGUACAAGAAAACUUUCCACUUCACUUAAGUUAUUACAAAUAGGCAGGUGGAACUGCUCACAUGCAGGGUUAUUUCUGAGAUAGAUUUGAUUUUCUUAUUAGCAAGACAGCAAACAACAACAAUAAAACAGACCUUGCAGUAUGAGUGCAGGAGAUGGUGCUCACCUUGAGCCAGGCUCAAAUUAAGCAGCAGAAGAGCCACGUCACACUCAGCUAAACCAGCAACCACAAUAUGCACUUCUGCAGGCGAGCCCUCACCUGCAGGACAAAGCAACUACCCACUGAAGUGUGAGGCAGGAACACCAGUUACACGUUGCAUGUCAUCACAGAACAGCAACUCUUCAUUUUCCAGAGGGCUGUGUGCGGGCAGGAACUCAAGGCCUGGGCAGAAGGGAGCCUCACCAUGUCAGAGCCCUGCUGGCAUCCUUGUUCCACCACUCAUCCCCUGGGGACAUUCUCAAUAAUGACACUGCCAUUAUUAUCUUCCAAUGAGCUAUGGGCCUGCUGGGAUUUUACAGCCUUUGGUACCUUGUAAAAUUGCACUGCACUCAGUACUGCUGCAAUUCCCAUGGGCCUUCUAAUUUUGUUGUUAGUAAAUUGAUUGAUAAAAAUGGGCACAGAUAAAAGUGCUUGACUGCAUACUACUUAAAAACUUCCACUGAUGCAGCACAUUAAUUCUCUGCAUGAUUCACAUGCAACAACUACUCUACAGCAGCAUUAAAGAUGCUCCUCUCAGUAAAAGCAUUCCUAUGAUGCUUUCUUUUAAAAAGAACGUGCCUUGGGGCUGAGUACACAGUACAUGCAUGGGAAAAAGAAGGGAUCCAGCCCUGGGAAUCAAAAACAAAGGCUAGGACAAGACCAACACUAAGCACACAGCUGAGCAGAUUUGGAUUUGUCAGGGGAUACAAUUCCCCUGCAAUUCCCAGUGCCCCUACUAAUUUCAAACUCAGAUCACCAUCACUUGACAAGGUCUGUUAUUUGAAGAAAGAAGAAAUGCAAGCCAUGUAGCACACAUCAGCCUAGAAUAAUCAUUAACAGUAAAGACAAAUGUAAUGAUGUCUAUCAGUCUGUUCUGCAAUGCUGCUGACAGCCUCAGACAGAAAGACAGAAACUACAUCUGGGAAUAAGAUCAGUCUUGGAGGUUGUACACAGCCUUGAUUAUGCUCCUGGAAAGCAAAUCUUGUCCUACUUUCCUGUUGUAUACACAGGUGCCUGGAGAGCAGCCUGAAAGCCCAGGCUUUUGUCCUCAACUCUCUCAGGCCACCUCUGUAGCUUUUGUUUUACACAGCGUGGCCUGGCACCCCUACUGUGACCAAGCUCAAUGCUCAUUACAGCACCGUCUAUAAAUGUGACCUAAUUUUUAUGCUUGAAUGUCAACAUCUUGGACCUCUGGCUCUGCAGGGGGCAUGCACUGGGUCAGGAUCUCACACAGCUGCCACUACAAACCUAAAGGUCAGGUGUUGUAUAGAUAGCUAAGUAAGUAAAUAAAGGUUGUAAGUUGAACACUACCUUGAAUGCAGGUGCACGCAUAAAGAAGCUAAAAAUCACUUUAUCAGCUGUCAAGCAGCUAGAGAGCUGUUUGCAACCCACUGCCACCAACCAGUUCUCUGAGACAGGGUAUGAAAUGGUAUAGGAAAUAAGAGGGCUCCCAGAGCACUGGUAAGCUCCACACAUCUGUCAUGAUACACUGCUCCAGUGCAAAGUCACUCCAGAUUCCAAAGGAGAGGAAGAAGCGCUGGACUGAGUCACUCUCCACAUCACAACAGGGUGUUGUGCUGCACAUCUGCCUGCUUGGGAGCAGCCGCAUUUUUAGCGGUAUGAAUUACUCAGAGACAUUCACUAUCCGUGGUUAUAAAGAGGAAAACGUGCAACUUGCAUUUAAAGAUUAUACAGUGGACAAUAACACAGAGUGCUUAUCAGAAGGUUUCUUGGAGCUCAUCAUUUUAGAAUUGAAGGGAAGAAGUCAGGGCAACUGAUGCAACUAGAAAAAAAAACAUGUACUUUCAAGUCUCAGUAACCCUCUUCCUGGUCUGAAGGUGCUUUACAUAACCUUGCCUCGUUUGGGGAAGCCUUAAGACACAGAGUGCUUAUGCAGACAGCACUGUACCUUACGCACACAGCUCCUCAGUAUCCUACACUCCAGAAUCACAGAAUCGCUCAGGUUGGAAAAGACCUUCAAGAUCAAGUCCAACCACAACCUGACCACGCUACCCUAACUCCAACAGCCUUCUGCUAAACCAUGUCUGAGAACACCACAGCUCCAUUCACCCGGGCCUUGCACUGCUUUUAUCGUACUGCACGUCCCAAACCACUGCCUGCAACCUUGCCGGCAUACGGAGGCUCACAGACAGCCCCGCCCGCAGGCAGCGCCGGGGCUGGAGGUGCUCUCAGCAGGGCCCGGGCGAGGAGGCUGCGAGCCUCCCCCACAGCCGCCGAACCACAGGGGCACGCACACCCCACGGUACCGGCCGACGGAGCCGGGACCUCCCGCCCCUCCCCCACUAACCGUCCCCCUCACAGCGCCGGCCUGAGGUGAGGGUGCGCCUCGACUGCGCAUGCCCGGCACCAGCAGCCCCACCGCGACUGCGCGGCGCUGCCGACCGAGGGGGAGGGGAUCGCGCGCUCCAGUUCUUGCCCCGUGCUCGGCCCGGGGGGGAAAAUGGCGAGCCUGAUUCCCGCGGCGACCUCAUCUCCCGCCGGCGCUCCUUCCCGUAGCAAGAAGCGCCCGGCAAGCCCGGGCACCGGCAGCGGUCCGGCCAAGAAAAAGAAAGCGGCGGCGUCGAGCGGCUCGCAGAAUGCAGGUGGAGAGGUCAUGAAUGAAAAUAAAUUUGUGAACACAGACUCCAGCACAGGAUCAGUGGAAGCAGCCGUCAAGCCGUUACCAUUUAAAGAUCCAAACUUCAUUCACUCCAGCAUUGGUGGAGCAGCAGCUGGCAAGAAGAACAGAACUUGGAAGAACCUAAAACAAAUUCUUGCUUCUGAAAGGGCAUUGCCAUGGCAACUAAAUGAUCCUAGCUACUUUAGUAUUGACGCUCCUCCGUCCUUUAAGCCUGCAAAGAAAUAUUCAGACAUCUCAGGACUUCCAGCAAAUUACACAGAUCCCCAGAGCAAGCUGAGAUUUAGUACUAUUGAAGAAUUUGCCUAUAUUCGGAUGCUCCCUUCAGAUGUGGUUACAGGAUACCUGGCUCUAAGGAAAGCAACGAGCAUUGUUUCCUGAAAAGACCAAGUAUUGCUGUGUGUCACCUCUGAAUGGUGCUAGGUUUGAGAAUUGUGACAGAGACUGCCUGCAGGAUUGAGGUUCCUUCAAACUCUCCAUUGAUAUUUACAUCUGGAAGUUGUUUGAUGACACAUGGAUUUGAAUGAACAUAUGGAUUUAAUUCUGACAAAUACUUAUAUUUGUUACUUUUCCAUUUUGUAAGCAAUUUGGUUUGGUGGCCAAGGUAACUUAAGACCUUAAGGACAUGGAUCGGCACCAUCAUGUCCAAGUUAUAUGUAAUUUCUUUAGAGACAGGAUUUCAUUCCCACUCUAUAUAUAAGGUACUGAUCUGGCUCAGAAGAAUAAACAGCCAGUUAAAUAAAGGAAAAAGUUCCAAGACAUUCCAGCUUCCAAGACCUGCCUUGCAGAUGUGCUUUCCAUUUGGCUAUGAAGAAGCUUGUCCCACCUGUAAAAAUCCAAGGUAACAUACCAGCUAAGUGCUGCUAUUGGGAUGAAUGCUUGUGGUACAGAGCACUAUGAACAGCUUCACACAAAUAUUUGCAUUGAAGAAUGGUCAGCAUACAUAAAGGUGGACUGAAACUCAUUUAAAAUAUCUUAAUGAGUAUGUAUAAUGGACUUAAGCCACAUCACCAGGAAACUCUUAGUUGUGAUGCUUGGUAUUUUUUGAGUGCUUCCUUCCACAACUCAACUGUUCUGCCUCUGCUAGUUGGUUCAUUAUUAUUACUAAUUAGUAUAGAAAAAGUACUUAUUUCCUAGACUUUUUAGGAAAGGAUGCUAUAAUAGCAGGAAUUCCUCUGACCAGUGGCAUUCUGGCACUCAGACAGUCUCCAGCUAGGCAGGACCUCCUAGAUGAGGGCACUGACCUUUGCACUCUGAAGUAACAGGAGAGUAUGUGAAAGCAACUGAAGGCCAGAGAAAGGAGAAGGAAGGAGAGUUCAGCCUCUUGCUGGGGGUUGACAAGUACUUGCUGACAUCAGAAACAAUUAUGAUUUUCUGAAACUAAGCCGAGGGGGGCCUGGAGGGAGAGGGAAGUGGGCAGUCCUCACUUUAUCCAAGUUCCAUCAUGGAUAUCGUGACAUUAUGCAAGUCCCUUCUUGGAGGGCACAAGGAACACACAGUGGGGACUAGUUAAUGUCUAAACUGCAUCUUCAAUGCACAUUUCUAUAGCAAUGAUAAUUAUUGGAACAGACAUUUUCUCGUUGAAAGAAUAAAUAACGCAAGUUUAAUCUCAACUCUAAAACAGGAAAAAUCGCUUAACAAUGGGGUACAUUGUUCAGUGAAUGUAUGUGGGACUCAUUCCUUGUUUUUUGUGAUCUAAUAUUUACAACAACAAUGUAAUUUGAAAAGUCUUUGACAUGCUUACAAUAGAUCUGUCAAAGAUCUGGAUACCAGAUAAUGCUGCAAUGUAUCACAAAACAAAAAAUAAUAGGACAGGAUAUCUUCCUUCAUGCCAGUAGGCGUCCAAGCCACAUUCUCUUUACAUUUGAGUUUUAUAAUGGCUAUUUUAACAGAAGAUAAGUUUAUAAGAUAAGCUUAACAUUGAUAUGAAAAGCAAACACAGAACGCUCUAAGAUCACUUCUGCUUUAAGUAAACAGACACCAGCUUAGAAAAUGAGAUUUCACCAGCUUGCUCUCUCCCACAAGUAUUUUCAGCAUUCUUUGAGAAUGACUGUUCAGGAGCACAAGCUCCCUCCCUAUCAGAAGUGUUCCAGGCACUCCUGCACUGAAUGCAAAAGUACUACUUUUCUCAGCUAAUUUCUACUGAACAAUCUUUAUGCAAUCCAUUUUCAAAACCUAAGUGUCUUGAUGAAUUGGCAUCAGAUAAGUAAACAUGGAUCUUAGGGUUGGCAAAAACACUAUCAACUCCUUAGUGCUUUCUAGCCAUGCCAUGCCUACUGGAUUCCCUUCUCACUCCUUGUUUUUAACUUUGUUUGCUGCAGGCCCUCUUUUCUUGGUGUGCAGCACUCCACUUACUAGGCUGUGCAGUAUUCAUUUAAAGUCAGCCACUGAAACCAUGCAAUUUUACACUGAUCAGCAGCAGUUUACUAUGUGCAGCAGUUAAAAUGUAUUUGUUUUAGCAGGAAAGUGAGAACAGAAAAGAUCCAGUAGCCAAUGUGUUGAUCAGUCCAACUAAGUUCUUUUUGGGAAUAGUUUUUGGGCUGCUGCUCUCAUCAAUGGCUUCUGGGAGAGAACUGUGCAACAGCAGCAUUGCUGUACAGAGCAGAAAAUAUGGAUAAGUGAAGAGUUACUCUGUGCCACAGUAUUUUUAAAGUAUGUAUUAUUGUCAGCCUCAGAAGAACUGAAAAUUGAGACGUGCAUUUAUAUUUAAAAGUAAUUCCAGGACAUAAAUAAAAGAAGCUGAAUUUAAAUUGCAGAGAGGACUAAAGAAAGGCAUUUAAAAAGACAAGCAAUGACAAAUACCAUUGCAGACUUUGGGAAAAUAUGUUUCGACAAAUAGUGCUGACACAUAUGUAAAGUGAAAAAGCCAGCAGUCACAGCAAUGACCAAUUUGUCGAUGUACAGAUGUUACUGCCUACCAGAUAUCACCUGGGUAUAUACAGGUGUACAGUACUACAUACUACAGACAUGGAUGGCUUCAGCCUGCAGCUUGUGGGGCAGCAAUGCUGGCGGCAACAUUUCCAGAGGGAAAGUGUGUGCUGCAGACAGCUAAGAGCAGCAGCUUUCCCAGCAGCUGCUGCCUCCACCCUUCCCAUUCCCUUCCAGAUGGGAGAGCAGGGUUGCCUUGGCUCUUUCCUUGCUGCUUCCUUGCUAGUCUGUACAGCAGUUCUGUGCUUGAAAGCUCCCUGCCUCUGCCUUUUCCUCUGCUUUAGCCCCACAUCCUGGAGAUCGUCCAAGUGCAAUUUAGAGAGGUACUGCUCAUUUUGGAGCCCUGCUGUUUCACUGUCCUAUAUUCCCAUUUUCUCCUCUGGCAGCAUUCUAGGUCCCCAUAGAAUUGCUACAUAUGGUCUUCCACAGAUAAGAGUAGCAGGUGUGUGAAGGGAGAUAUGCCUUCAUCUUUUUUAACAGAGACCAGUAAGUCUCAAAGCUGUUACAGCAUAAGAAGACUAAAGUAAGUGCAAAGGACAGGACUCUGCACUGGUGAGGCCACAGCUUGAGUUCUGCAUUCAGUUUUGGGUCCCUCACCAAGAAAGAUAUUGAGGCCUUGGAGUGUGUCUAAAGAAGAGCAACAAAGCUAUGAGGGGUCUGGAAGACAAGUCUUACAGGAAAGGGCUGAGGGAACUGGGAUUGUUUAGUCUGGACAAGAGGAGGCUCCAGAGAGACCUUAUUGUUCUCUACAACUACCUGAAAGGCGGUUGUGGUGAGGGGCUAUUUACCUUCUUCUCCCAGGUAACAGUGACAGGAUGAAAGGUAAUGGCUUUCAGUAGUGCCAGGGGAGGUUCGGUUUGGAUAUUUGGAAAAACUUCUUUUCUGAAAGAGUGAUGGGACACUGGAACAGGCU